AUGGCAUUCAAGUUUGUAGUAUUCGCAUGCUUGGUGGCGGCGGCCAGCGCUGGCCUGCUCCCAGCUGGUCAUGUCGCCUACGCGGCUGGCCCCGUGGCAUACGCCGCUCCCGUCGCUAAAGUGAUUGCCCCCGUCGCCAAGGUCGCCGUUGAGGAGUACGACUCACACCCCCAGUACAGCUUCGCGUACGACGUGCAGGACGGUCUCACCGGCGACUCCAAGAGCCAGCACGAGAGCCGCGACGGAGACGUCGUACAGGGCUCCUACUCCGUGGUAGACCCUGACGGUACCAAGCGCACCGUGGACUACACCGCUGACCCCCACAACGGAUUCAACGCCGUCGUGCGCAAGGAAGCCCUCGGACACGUCGCUAAGGUGGUUGCCCCCGUUGUCGCCAAAGUAGCUACCCCAGUCGCCUACCACGCUGCUCCCGUGGUCGCUAAAGUAGCCACUCCUGUGGCCUACCACGCUGCCCCUGUAGCCUACCAGGCUGCCCCAGUCUACCACUCCGCCCCUGUAGCGUACCACGCCGCCCCCGUCGCCUACUCCGCACCGGUCUACCACCACUAA